ACCCCUCUUAUGUAUAGAUCGUUUACCUCGUCCGUAGCCGAUGUGGGAUUCGCCUAAGGUGAUGCCCCCUGAUGUCCAGGAUGUCACAUCUAAUGAUCUUCUUAACACCAUCCUAGAGCCGGAUACAACUGCACACCAAGCAUGGGAACGUUUGAAAAAUACUUUUUAGGAUAACAAAAAUUCUCAUGCUGUUUAUCUGGAAAAUCAAUUCACUCAUGUUCAUCUUGAUGAUUUUUCAAACGUUUCUGCUUAUUGUCAGGGACUUAAGAUGCUUGCUGAUCAACUUUCAAACAUUGGUGCACCGAUCUCAAAUCAAAGGGCUUGUCCUUGAGGAAACCCGCAAAGCUAAGCAAACAGCCACAACCUCUAAUGCUGCGGGAACUGCUCUUUUUACUACUGGUAGUUCGGAUAAUAAUUUUGUCUCUGGUCGUGUCUCAAAUCGUGGCUCAAGUAAUCAGUACAAUCGCAGUAAUAACGGACAGAAACGAGGUCAGCCUCGAAACAAUAAUAAAAGACAAAGCAAUGGUGGCCAUAACCACAGUAAUGGACAUCCACAAGGGGGGCAGCAGUGUUUUUGGCAGCAGCACCCACCAUUUUAUUCGUGGUCUGCCUAUCCACCAUGGCACUCAUGGGGUCAGCAAGCUUGGACUUCACCACCAUGUCCACAUCCAACAACUCCUUGGGCACGUCCACCUGCACGACAGUCUGGAAUUCUAGGAUCUCAUCCACAACAAGCAUAUGCUGCAUAGGCAUUUCCUUCUAGUUAUGCACCUACUGAUAUUGAUGCUGCAAUGCAAACCAUGUCUCUUAAUCCUCAUGAAGAGCUUUGGUACAUGGACACAUGAGCUACUUCGCAUAUGACAUAAUCUACAGGUACUCUCUCGUCUUAUUUUAAUAUGAGCAAUAAUAAUAAUAUAAUUGUUGGAAGUGGACAGGAAAUUCCAAUUCGUGGUUAUGGACACACAUCUCUUUCCCCACCACACCCACCAUUCCAUUUAACCAAUGUACUCCAUGCACCCAAACUCAUUAAAAACUUGGUUUCUAUGCGUUGUUUUGCUAUUGAUAAUAGAGUUUCUGUUGAGUUUGAUCCUUUUGGUUUUUCUGUAAAGGAGUUAUGGAGAGGGAUGCCACUAAUGAGAUGUAAUAGCAUUGGGGACCUUUAUCCUAUAUUAUGUUCUCCAGUUCAUUCUCCAUCUCCUUUUGCUGCUCUAUCUUCUGCUUUAUGGCAUCAUAGAUUG